AUGCAGGUGAAGAAGCAACCUUCGAGUAAAGCAAUACCAAUACCUCAACCAAAUUCCUCAGAUACACCGCCAGACGAUGAUCCGUACCCAUCUGAAUCGCUCGACAUUCCUCCCCCUCCCCCCUCGGAGCGGAAGAUUGCACGUCGAAGACCAUCUGUACGAGCAGCCGCUCGCGCUUUUACGCCAGAUGCGGAAUCUCCGUCGACUGUCAAGCGGCGGAAACUCGGUCCGGGCGGUCCAGCCGCUGAUCCCUCAUCCUCACGGCAUCCUUCGGACGACCGACCUGUCGCACCAUCCUCCUAUCCCGCUGCGUCAUCUUCAUCGAGCUCAUCGCGGCGUCCAGAGUAUCUCGGCGCUUCGACAUCUCUAUCGACUCGCGUCGAUAUACCCCGUCCACUAUCACCCCCAACCGCAUUAGGCGCCUCGACGUCACGGCGAAAGUCGAGUAUGGGCCCUCCCUCUGAGCCUUUUGUGCGCAAAACGCGGAAGAGCAUGUCGAGACUGGGAUUGAUACCGGCGGAUCUGGGUGGGGAUACCGAGGUGCCAUUACCGGAGAGCGAGACGCCGAUGAUACGGAAGAAUAGGCAGUUGAGGGAUGAUCAGUCAAGGCGGAGUAGCCUGGGGAUGAGGGGACAAAGAGCGAGUAGCAGUUUAGGAAGAGGAGAAAUCAGCAUACCACAUCCUACCGUCGACUCAUCCCAUUUCCACAAACACAUCUCGCCCGUGCUGCCCGAACCUAUCCGGUGUCGACACCUCCUCGUCUUUUGUGCUAAACGCGCAGCGGACGAGCAUCUGGUGGAAGCCAAGUCGAAAGGCAAAAGCAGGGAUAAGGGGAAGAGCCGGUAUCAGGGGGAAAGAACAGAAGAGGGGGAUAAGCUGGUCAAGGAGAUCAUGGAUACCUUCCUGUCGGGGUUGGGGAAGGGGGACGUAGAGACCAACGUAUUUGGGACAGGAGGUGCCACUGUAUCUGGUCUAUCGCUCAGACCACAUCCGCAAAAUGUCAUUAAUCGGGAAGAACAAGCCAAGGCAGAAUUCACGAUCAAACGGUGUCAGGCUGAAAAAGCGAACUGGAAAGCUAUCAAAGCUCAAGCGAGGAAACGGCAGGAAGAUGUGGUUGCUUCGCUGAGAGCCAAGUCGGCACAGAUACAAGCAGACGACAGGCCAGAUCUGAGCGGGAUGGAGGAUUGGAUGACGGGGGCGCUGGAGUUGGCAGAUGGGAUCUUAGCGGAGGGCGAAGGGGCAUUGGAAGGGAGGGGUGACUUUGCGGACGUCGAGUUCAAGGUCGACAUGCUGCAUCAGUCCACUCAUAGCGCCCUGCAAUACUCCCUCCAAGCCACACGCUUCCUCGACGGCAUUUUUUCCACCCUCGCUUCGGACCUCCGUACUCGAGAUCCCGCGCGGCCCGGCCGAUCCUCCGAGGCAGACGGACCAGAUACAGCCUCCCUCCUCGCCGCCGCCACUACCUCCACCCUCGCUUCCGCUUCUGCGUCCUCCUCAUUCGCCCCACGACCCCGCGCGGACCCUAUCAAUAUGCUUCGCGCCCUCGCUGCCGCCGAGCAGAAACAGCAAGACGGGGAGGGUCUGGCAGCUGCCAAGCGAGUCCAGCCUGUCUCUGCUGCGUCGCUCGGAUUGGGGAUGUCUACCUCGACUGCGCCGCCUUCUUCGGGGAUGCCCUCUGCGCAGACGCCAAGAAGGGCCGCUCCGACCCCGAGGCGAGCAGGGGCAAUGGGGGGGAGUACAGCCAACCCUGGUCCGCCAGGCACGGGAGGGGGAAGGGGGAGGAUCUACGGGAAAGGAGCACACACGGCAGCGGAGUAG